AUGUCAGAUAGUGCAACAAUAAAUACAGAGGUAAUAAUCGACUCCAAUACAUCCAAUAUAACACCACAAUUUACAAAAAGAAAAAGUCAACUUUCAAAAAGGUUUAGAGUGGAUAACGAGGAAGAUAGAAGGCUUUUAAAAGAAAAAGUUGUAAAUUCAAGAUUAGAGCAAUUAGAAAAUGAUAAUGAACAAUCAAUAAACAUAAAUGAAGACAAUGACGACGACUAUCAAGAAGAGGAAGAGGAUUUAGUAUAUACAACACCUGUAAAUAAAAGAAGACAAAGUAUAGCAAGAGAAAAGAAAAAAAAUGAAAAAAAAUCAAUGAAUUUAAAUUUUAAUGAAGUUUUAGAAAAAUCUUAUUUGGAGACCUAUCCAGAUCAUGUACCCACAUAUAUAAGUGUUCAAUCAAAACCCUCGUCAUUUCCACAAAGACACUUUUGUUCGAUAUGCGGUUAUAUUGGAUCGUAUACCUGUAAACAAUGUUCGAGUAGAUAUUGCUGCGAAAAAUGUUAUGGUGUACAUAGUGAAACAAGAUGCAAGAGUUCAGUUUAUUAUUAA